CGACCGGGGCAUGGACGCGGCGCACCGGGCCGCCUUGCUCGCCGCCUCCUGCCUCCACACGCCGGUCGACCCGCUCACGAGAGCUCCGGCGGCGCUUUACGAGCGGCGGGCGGGGAGGCCCGCGGCGGCGGGCGGCGGUGGGCAGGUUGCAGAACUGGGCAACAGGCAUGCACGCAGUAGGAGAUGCCCUGAAAUAACUAUGUGGAAUUGCAGGGACUCGCAUGCCACCUGCAAUCCAAAAAGGACUUAUUUAUCUUCCUGGCCAGGUACACCAUUGUUACAGGAUAUUUUGGAUCUGAAUUUCAGUCCCGAGAGAAAGCGGGGUUUUACCAAGUUUGCAGAAUAUAAGGGCUUCCUGGACCCCUCCAAAAUGCACCUCUCAAAUCAGGAAUAUUACUCGAAGCUGGAAGAACUGAAGAACGCGCACAUGGACACCAUGGCCCAGCUGGAAAAAAUGUAUCAGAACAAGCUGUAUCUCAGGGACGUGCAGCCCUUCACCAAAAUGGAUGCCGCACGGUCUGAGAAGCAUCGAUCAACAUGGGAGAAGGGCUCCCCUCAAUCCUGGCAUCUGCGUAAAUCAUUUUCCGAGCCCGAUUUAAACUAUUCUUUCGACUCUGAUUUUUCUGACGUGUCUGACAUAAAGCUGGAAGAAAACGAUAGUGUAGGAGGGUCACUGAGGUUUGGAAAUCUAUCCGAGGAGGUUUCUUUGGAGAAUUUUCCCCGCUGGACCGCCGGUGGCUCAUCCCAGUUCCAGAAUUUGAAGAGGAGGAGGAAGAAGAAAAAAGCGUGGUCUCCGAAGCUCACCGUGCCUGAACCUUUCCAGAUGACUAUUCGCGAAGCUAAGAGGAAAAAAAAGAGUGUCAAAUCCAAGGCACAAAUCGAAAUGGAGAACAAUCGGCUAAAGAAACAACUGGAGGAGGAGGCAGAAUGCCAGAAGCAAUUCCGCGCCAAUCCAGUGCCCGCUUCCGUCUUGGUCCCGCUCUAUCACGACAUAAUGAAGCAAAACGAGGAGCGUCGAAAGUUGGUCAAAGACCGAAGGAAGGAGAUCCUUUUGGCUUCACAAAAGCCAUUUCGUUUUAUGGAAAGGGAGGCCCUAAAGGAAGAAAUGAGGAAGUUGCAGCUGAAGGAUCUCUUCGCACCAGACAAGAAAGUCAAAAUGUUCAAAGCAAAUCCGGUUCCGAAAUUUGUUUAUAGCCCGGAAAUCAGUGAGAGGCUCAAGGAAGAAGAGCUGUACCGAGAAAUUAGAAUUCAGAUGAGAUCGGAGGAGCUUCUUCACAGUUCAUCCCUUCCUACCAGUAGACUGGGCUAUAAGCAUAGCCCGCCAAAGUGCCCAGAAGAGAGAAAAACGUCUGGCUCUAAACCAGGGACCAAAGCAAAGGUCCCGGAUUUCGAGACGUUACAUCGGAAAUUCCAGCAGCAGCUUCGGAGGCAGAUGACUAUGAAGCCCAUCACCGUCUGCGAACCCUUCGAUCUCCACACGCCAAAUAUCCCAUCCAAAAGAGGCAGAAUCCUGGAGGACAUCCAGAAAGAUGAAGAAAAGCUAAAGGAAACCCGUUGGCCCUACGCCUCUCCCAGAUGUCAGCCUCACAUGAGGUCUAUGAACACGACUAUGGACUAUGAAGAACCCACAUCUCCGAGGAUAACACAAUCAACGAGAAAAAGGUUACAAGCUAUAAGGGAUUCAAGAGAGGAAAAAAGAAAGCUGGAAGAAGCACAGAAAAAGAACAGAGCCAAACAGAAACAGAGAAUAAGAAAACUACAGAGGCUAAUUACCACUCGGGCCGAGGCAAACGACCCACAUCAGAGCCUGGCUGAGUUGUACAAAUCGAAGUUAAAAGCAUUCAGGAAACACGAAAAGCAGAGGAUGAAAGAAUAUCUCCGGGAGCUGGAAGAAAUGGAAGAAAGAGUGGAAAAGAGACCCCUGUUGUUGGAAAGAGCUACGCAGAAAAAUGCCAGGAUAGCGGCAGAGAAGCAUUACUCUGAUACACUUCGAGAGCUGGGGCUGUGUGAAGAAUUUGUGUCAAAGAAAGGCCAGACUGCUAAAGCAGUGCACACGCAGGACCAUUCCAGCGAUGGCUCUGAAGAUUCAGCGGCUGAAACAAGGCUUCCUCGGGAGGUGGUGAGUGGGAGGGGUGUGGCUAAGAAAGAAGAAGACAAAUCAGAGGUCCGGUCUUGCGAAAGAGAAGAGGAGGAGGAAGAGGAAGCCAAGGCUGACUCCGAUCAUUACGAACAAGAUGAUGCCGAGUAUGAAAAUGAAAACUCUGGGGACGGCACUGUGGAAAAAUCCAGUGAUAACGAAGAACUGUCUGAUUGA